CUUUCGUUCUUUCUCUCUCAUUUUUUUCUUCCCGUUUUGUCUUUGGUGUGCAGGGCAGUGGAAAGAUCAAAAAGACAGGGCCAGGAAAGGCUUAUAUAUACUGGUUCACAUCUUAUCAGAAGCUCUCUUUAAGGCAGGGGCCAGUGAAGGGAUCUCGAGAAGAGAACUGCGGUUCCCAAGCCACAGCCAGGCAGAAAAGGAGGGGGUGGGGGAUUCUCGAGUAAAAACCCUGUUGGCGUGGUGGGAAAUGGCGGAGGUGAAGUUGGGGAAUUCAAGGUUCAAGCGGGUGUGUGUCUUCUGUGGGAGCAGCACAGGGAAGAGGAACUGUUACCAAGAUGCUGCCGUAGAGCUGGGAAAGGAGCUGGUGGCGAGGAAGGUCGAUCUGGUGUAUGGAGGCGGCAGCGUCGGGCUGAUGGGUCUGGUCUCCGAAGCUGUUCAUCAUGGUGGUGGCCACGUGAUCGGGAUCAUCCCAAGAACUCUGAUGGCCAAAGAGAUUACGGGGGAGACGCUUGGGGAGGUGAAGCCGGUGGCCAGCAUGCACCAGCGCAAGGCCGAGAUGGCCCGCCACUCUGACGCCUUCAUCGCGCUGCCGGGUGGGUACGGAACCCUGGAGGAGCUUCUGGAGGUCAUCACCUGGGCGCAGCUCGGCAUCCACAACAAGCCUGUGGGCUUGCUCAACGUGGACGGCUACUACAACUCCCUGCUGGCCUUCAUCGACAAGGCCGUGGAGGACGGCUUCAUCCAGCCAUAUCAGCGCCACAUCUUCGUCUCCGCCCCCACCGCCAAUGACCUCGUCCAAAAGCUCGAGGAAUACGUGCCCGUGGAGGAUGCUGUAGUCGCCAAACUGAGCUGGGAAAUGGAGCAGGUCGGCCUAAAGUCCACCCUCCAAGCUGAGAUCACUCGGUAGUAAGAAGCCAUGCUGAUCCCUGCUGUGGUUUGGUCCUUAGCUAUUUUGUCCCCCCGACGGGGAUGAGGAGAGCAUGGGAAUUGCAUGUACUUAUCCACUGUAUUCCCCGCCAUGGGUCGAUCCUUUUUUGUUUCUGCCUCCUCUUACAACUAUAAUUGUACGUACUGCUAGCCUACUGCUGCAAAACUCAGUGAUGUCUUUGCUUGC